AUGCUUGUCGAAAAGCAGCAGGAGAUGGCCGAGGAGAAAAAUCCAGACCGCAAGAAGGACCUUACAAAAGAUCUUGAGAUCUUGAAGCAAUGGUUGAAAGACAAGGAGCAGAAAGCAGAAACAGGGAAGGACGUCAAAGGUGGCAAGGCUUCCAAAGGCGAAGCACAGGCCGCCGUGACCAAAACCACCAAGCAUCAGGUCAACGAUGGCAGCAGCGGCCCUGCGCAGAAGAAGCAAGCUGAGGCGCCACGCCAGAAGGAUGGCAAGAACAAGGAGGAGGCAAAGAAGGUUAGCAAGCAUCCGAAAAAGGAUACAAAAGACAAGGCCCAAAAAGCAGGCGGUAAGACACCAAAAGCACCAAAGACGAGUGCCAAGGAAAGCAAGCCACCUGCAGCAGACGUAAAGGCGGAAGCGAAGAGGCUAAAGAAGACGCCCGACAUCCAGGAGGCAUCGACGAAGGAAGAAACGGCAGAGGCAAAGAGCCCAAGCCAUCUCGACAACCAUAGCCUUCUGCAAAAUGCCGACACCAUUUCGCAAGCCAAGAGCGAGCUUCAGCAAACGUUGAAGCAGCAGAGAACGGAGGCCUUUGUUCAUGCUGUGCCGUCUCCUCUGCCGGUGGCCAAGCCUUUCGCUACAAGCUCGGACGGAGUCAAGUUGGCCAGUUUAAAACCACCGCAUCCGGGGUCAUCCGCCACCGCAGGAAGCGCAACGGCCGCGAAGAUCUAG